UCCCUCGUUCCAUAUUUGACUUCAGUUGACAUUAAUACUGUUUUUAGUAGUCCUAUGUUAAUAACACUAUGGGCAAUUAUCAACCUUCAGUCAUAUUAGAUUUAAGCUGUUGAAAAAACAGGGAAAAGUGAAUGCAUUGAGCAAGUAGAGAGCAAUCUGUCUGUAGUUAUCUACAGUCUGAGCGGAGAGGGACGGCGUUGCGCUGUAGGCUAUACGGUCGUUCGCCAUUGAUUUCCUUCUCUGCGUUUUUUUUGUGAAUGGAGCUCAUUAUGUAUGCAGCUUUCUCGCCGCUCCAUUCAGAACUACCGCUGCCCCUGUCCUGUUCCCUCUCCCUCUCUCUCUUUGCAGGCUGCGUGGAUCUCAUUCAACACAGCCUAAAUGACCACAAACGGUUAACGGAUGGAUUAUAAAAUGGACGGAUAUUUGGACCAGCAAGUGCCUUACACUUUAGCUAAUGUACGUAUGGAUCAGUACACACGUAUUUUCACGGUUUGCAAUGCCUUCGUAUCCUACUUGUAUGCUUUGGACUGCCUCGGUUUCUGUUGCAUGUGAAAUGUUUGGAGCAAUCGCCUUAACGAAAACUGUUUUAAGUUUGGUUUAACGCUACAAAUCCUCAUGCCUGUCUCAGCGAACUAUACUCCGAUGAAUCUAAAAAGUCGCAAGGAAAUGGGCCCCUAAAUAGACUGUUGAUGGCCGCGAAAAGGAAAUACAUGGACACCGAAUUACCCCCUCAGGAAUCAGAAGACCUCUUUCAGGAUUUAAGCCAACUUCAGGAGACGUGGCUCACAGAAGCUCAAGUUCCUGACAGUGAUGAGCAGUUUGUCCCUGACUUCCACUCAGAAAACUCUGUGGCGUUCCACAGCCCGCCGGUGAAGAUCAAGAAGGAGCCGCAGAGCCCCGGCUCUGACCCCAGCCAGUCCUGCAGCCACAAACAGAGAUUCAGCUACCCCAAUGGAGGAGAGCAGUGCCUUUACGCCAGUGCCUAUGAGCAGAAGAGAGCAGCAGCGGCAGCAGCAGCGGGCGGCGCAGCGGGCGGCUCCAAGAGCUCCUGCCCCGGAGCCCCACCAGCGGGCCCCAUGUCCCCCAUGCAGCAGCACUACUCCCCCAAGCCUCCUGCCGCCAUGGGGGCCCGGCCAGAGCAGGGCUACAUGAGCGCCCCUGCCGGACAACAGCCCCUGCCUGGACACAGCCACAGCCAGGGACACAGCCAGGGACACAAUCACGGACACAGCCACGGACACAACCACGGACACAGCCACGGACACAGCCACGGACAUGGCCACGGCUAUCCUAUGAACCACAGGUAUCCAGGCGCUCACGGCCCCGGGGACAUGUGCCCUCCAUUCCCACCUCAGGGCCAGCCUCACCCUUGCAUGCACCCCCCAAACAGUGCCGGCUCGGCGGGCAACUCAGGCGGAGGUGUUGGUGGUGGUGGAGGUAGUGGUGGUGGUGGAGGAGGUGGAGGUGGUGGAGGAGGAGGUGGUGGUGGUGGUGUUGGAGGAUACCACCGGCAGCACUCGGACCCCUGCCUGCCCUACCUGCAGCAGAACUUCAAGCAGGAGUACCUGGACCCCCUGUAUGAGCGGGCGGCGGCACACAUGGCCGGACCCCAGCACCCUCCCCAAAGGUUCCCCCCGGCCCACAUGAUGGUCAAGCAGGAGCCCACCGACUACACUUAUGACCCAGAUGUGCCUGGAUGUACUUCAAUGUACCAACACAAUGAGGGCUACCCAAACCAACAGCAUAACAAUGAAGGUUAUCUGUUCGAAAAUGACUCCCGAGUCGUUCCUGAGAAGUUUGAAGGUGAGGUCAAGCAGGAAGCGGGCACCGUCUUCCGUGAGGGCGCCCCCUACCAGCGCCGCGGUUCCCUGCAGCUCUGGCAGUUCCUGGUGGCCCUGCUGGACGACCCAGGCAAUGCCCACUUCAUCGCCUGGACUGGCCGCGGCAUGGAGUUUAAACUCAUUGAGCCAGAGGAGGUGGCAAGACUUUGGGGGAUGCAGAAAAACCGUCCAGCCAUGAACUACGACAAACUGAGUCGCUCACUGCGCUACUACUAUGAGAAGGGAAUCAUGCAAAAGGUGGCGGGAGAGCGUUACGUUUACAAGUUUGUGUGCGAGCCGGAGGCGCUCAUCUCCCUGGCGUUCCCCGACAAUCAGCGGCCCAGCCUGAAGGCCGAGUUCGAGCGCUACGUCAACGAGGAGGACACCGUGCCACUCUCCCACCUGGAUGAGGGGGUGAACUACCCACCCGAACAAGCCGCCAGCGCCAUGGGGGCCCAGCCCUACUCCAAAGGCUACAUGUACUAAUGCCACCGAAUUGCCCUCCUCCCCCACAUCCCGCCCCAACCCCCAACCCACCUCUCCACCCCCCAUACCACCCCCCCUCCCCAGUCCUGCAUCUAUUGCACAUGCCCCCCCCAUCCUCUUGUAUAUAAGGCUAUGGUGUUUUUUUUUUGUUUGUUUUAAAUUAAUCUCAUUAGGGAUUCAGCAUUCCUCUCACUUCUGAGGCCUAUCCACAAGUCUGUGCUUACAGAGAUUGCUUAAUAAAGACCCAAUAUUACUACUAACCAGGUGGCUGUGGAUUAUUUGUGGGGCAGCAGGGGAAGUCGUUGUGAAAAUGUAAUGAGUAGUUUGUGGGGAUCAAAAGCAGGGGUUUUCCAUUACCUUCCUUCCCCAUAAAACAAGACAUAAAAAUGCUCUGUGCCCUUGAUGGAGGGUUGUUUGUGGUGUUUGUGACAACUUGCUUGAACACUAUGUACCACUGAGACAUGUCAAUAAAACCAACGUAAACCGUUAAAA